AUGGCUUCCAAGAUCUUCAUCACGGGGGUGACUGGCUACGUUGGCGGUGAUGCUUUCGCGGAGCUGUACGCAACACACCCAGAGCACGACUACACCUUGUUUGUGCGCAGCGAGGAGCGAGCAGAAAAGAUCAAGGCGGCCUAUCCAAAAGCGAAGAACAUACGGUUCGCAUAUGGGACUCUGGAUGACGCAGAAGUGCUGAGCCGCGAGGCGGCAGCUGCGGACGUGGUGCUGCAUACCGGAGCGUCGUCUGACAGCAUACCGGCUGCCCAGGCGAUUGUUAAGGGCAUUGAGGCGGGCCACACGGUGGAGCAUCCGGGGGUGUACAUUCACAUUUCAGGAACGGGUAUACUUACAUGGUACGACAUGCUCCACGGCCGAUGGGGUCAGCCGCCGGUGGCGGAGCAGACGUAUGACGACGUAGCGGGAAUCGAGCAGAUUCUAACGCUGCCUGACGCGGCGCCGCACCAAGAAGUGGACAAGGUUGUUCUGGCAGCCGCAGCGACGACGGCAGCGAUGCGCACGGCCGUGGUGACGCCGCCGCUGAUCUACGGCAUCGGCCGCGGCGCGGGCAACCGGCGCAGCAUCCAGGCGCCGGCGAUGGCGGCGUACGUGCUGCAGCGCGGCUACGGGCCCGUGGUCGAGGGCUCGGGAGAGACGGUCUGGGACAACCUGUAUGUGCGCGACCUGUCGGCACUGCUGGUCCGGAUGGUCGAGGCUGGUCUGCGUCCGGCCGAGCGCGACGACGACGACCUCUUUGGGCCGCGGGCGUACUACUUUGCGGCCAACGAGACGGUGCACCGAUGGAGCGACCUGGCGCAGUGGCUGGCCGACAGUGCGGCAGAGCAGGGGCUGGGAGGGACCGGCACCAAGAGAGGCGUCGUCAAACAGGUCCCCAUGGCCGAUGUGCUUGGUGCUGGUGCGUCCGGUCACGUGACCUGGGGCACCAACUCGCGCGGCAAUGCGGUGCGAGCGCGCCAGUUUCUGGGCUGGAAGCCGACGGGACCGAGCCUGCACGACGAGGUGGCAGCCAUAGUAGCUUUUGAGGCAGCGCGACUGGGAAUCAAGGGGUAG